UUUACUGACGCUGAUGGUGCAAAAUCAUCAUUUUUUCAAUUGCAGCGAUUACACUCUGUGAUUUCUUUUGGAGUACGGUAGAACUUUGGUUUAUUAUUGCGAUAGUGCAGUGAAAAAUUUAUGAAAAUAUUCCUUUUGGUAUCAAGAAAAAACCUACACUGAUUAUAUGUGGUGCAAGCAAAUACUGAUGUGAAGCCAUAUUACGUUAGUUUCGUAAAAAUCAAACUUUCUAUACAGGAUUUGUGAAAAUGGAUGCAAAUUAGCAAAGCAAUAGCCAACGGGUCAUUGAACAAGACAGCAAAGAAGAAGAUACAUUUACUAAACAAUCGAAACAACUCAUCAACAGAAUCUGAUUGUUGAGCCAAAAUUAUUAAAGGUCGGUCACUCUAAAAAAAGCAAGAAAAUAUUUUACCGUUUUAUAUCUUAGGUAUAGAACCAGUAGACAGGAUGGAAUCUUGUGCUGCCGUGGAAAAGGAAGUGGACAAAGUUAUUACAAAAUUUUCUGCGAUAAAUGAUCAUUCUCAGCGAAUCAUUAGCGACGUCAUUAUUUUCAUCGAAAAGCUGCGUUCGUCAAUUGCAGAAGCUCCUUCCGACGAGCAGCUAACACCGGGUCAAAUAGAAGUGCUGCAUGACGCAAUGGCGAAAGCGAAAGAUAAAUUGCAGCGAUUGACCACCGAACACCGGGACCUUCACGGCACCGUCAGCAAGGUGGGCAAAGCCAUCGAUCGCAACUUCGUUGCUGACUUCACUGCCACUUCGCGCACUGAUGUAUUCCAGUUGGAUCACAAUGUUACGCUGCUGAACAAAAUUAUGGCCCAGCAUUUUUAUCGACAAGGAAUGGAUGAUGUGGCCGACACGUUGAUCAAUGAAUCCGGUUUGCCGGCCGAGGAAAUAACACCAGAGCCGUACGCAGAACUGCACCGGAUAUGGGAGGCUAUUCAUAGUCACAAUCUAGUUCCGGCUCUUGAGUGGUCUACACGGUUUUCAACUGAAUUGGAUGCUCGAAACAGCACACUGGAGUUUAAACUGCAUAGAUUAGCAUUCAUGCAAAUUUUGAAUGGUGGAAUCAACGCCCAGACAGAAGCUAUAUGCUAUGCUCGCACAAAUUUUUCUAAAUUCGUCAAGCGUUUUGAAAAGGAAAUUCAGAUUCUAAUGGGAACGCUAAUAUAUCUUCCAGCGGGAAUUCAAAAUUCUCCGUACAAGUAUCUGACUGCACCAGAAAUGUGGAUUGAAGCUGCCGAUGUUUUCAUUAAAGAUGCCUGUUCUCUGUUGGGAAUCAACAAGGAUUCUCCACUGUCUGUGGUUUUCAAUGCAGGCUGCACGGCGCUACCAGCGUUGCUGAACCUAAAGCAGGUUAUGAUGUCCCGACAAGUUACUGGUAUCUGGAACGGAAGAGAUGAACUGCCGAUUGAAAUCGAUCUUGACCCAGACAAUCGUUUUCACUCGAUCUUUGCAUGUCCUAUUCUAAGGCAACAGAGCUCCGAGGAUAAUCCACCAAUGAAACUAUUGUGCGGUCACGUCAUUUCACGCGAUGCUCUAAGUAAACUUAGUAAUGGACCAAUACUCAACAAUACUUUCAGAUUGAAGUGCCCCUAUUGCCCGAUGGAGCAGUGUCCAUCCGAUGCGAAGCUGAUUUACUUCUAGAAUCAAAAUCGUCGCGAGCUUGGUUGUCCAGAACAAUUGCCCCCGAAACAAGAACUGAAUUAGUCGGGGCGUCGAAGGUUCGAGUUAUUAGCAGUAAUAUUCGUUGAUCGUUGACAACUGCCCCGAAAAUGUCUUCAAACGGUUACAUAUUCCAGUGUAAUUUUUUUUUUGUUAGGAAUGAUACAACAGUUAAGCGAAUAUUGCGUCCUGCCUGAAAAUCCCUUUCUAGUGACAUUUAGCAAAAUUAAUGUGGUUUCACUUGCGUAUUCAGAAUUUCAGACGAUGAGUUUAAAACUUUAAUCAGGAAGCUGUAUAUGGAAUAAGAACCGUUAAAGAUGGAAUACGGUAAGGCAUAACGAGUAGCUAAGGCAUAAUGAGUAGCUCAGUGUUGUCUGGUUCAAGAAACAAAUCGUUGAAACUUGUGUGUAUCGUUUAUGAUUUUAAACAAUUAUGUUACUAAUCUACAGAUAAUAGAUUUUAUAAGUGCUCAUUUGAUACAUCAUCUGCUGCGACUGGAAUAAAUGUAUGCCUUGAAUAGAAUA